GAGCUCGGCCGACAGGAAGACGGAAGCAAAUGCCGAACGCUUGCAAACUCAUCGCCUCACCGAGAAGGGUACAAGGGCAUGAGCCAAGAGCUCGGGACUAUGACUUCUGUGGAUAGUUCAUAAACCGUCAGUGUAUUACAUCCCUGCGUCCACUCGGCGUUACCGAAAUCGUACAUUAACGUUUUUACGCCUUUCGUCCACGCAGACGGGAACAGAAUGGCAUCGAUCUUGCUCACCAGAUCCCGGACUCCUUUGCUGAAAACAUCUAGGUCAUUAAAGAACGAAUUCAGAAAAGGAAGGUUAUCAGAAAGCGCAUGCUUUAACUGCACUGCACUGCGGUUAGCCACAAACAGCAGUCCUGGUGUUCUUGGAGGCGGCAUCUGGCCUCAUGCAUCAUCUGUCCUGUACCUUGACAAUUCAUCAGCACUUCAGCGCCGCUUGUCCAGGUCACCUCGUCUGUAUUGUGCCAUCUUAGUACCUGACUCGGCCCUGCCUAUCCACAUCCACUCCGCGUACCCCAGGACGCUAGCCUGGUCACAGAACACCCCAGUCCGGUGGGUACAUACUACAGGCCGUCUCCAUGAUGAUUCGAAGGUAGAGCGUUCUUUACGUUCGCUGAAGGAUCGGAAUAAAAAGCUUGAGGAGGGUGGACCUGUCUACAGCCCGACGGUAGACGCCGAACCUGUGAGACGGACAAUACGUCAACGUGUGAUUGAUGAGGUGAAGCACUAUUAUCACGGCUUCCGCCUGCUAUGGAUGGAUACGGCUAUUGCGGUUCGGAUGCUCUGGAGGGUGCUGAACGGACACAUUCUAUCCCGCCGAGAGAGGAGACAGUUCCUGAGGACAUGUGCGGAUGUCUUCCGGCUUCUGCCUUUUCUGGUCUUCAUCAUCGUCCCAUUUAUGGAGUUUCUGCUUCCUAUUGCAUUGAAACUUUUCCCUAACAUGUUGCCAUCCACUUUUGAGACACAGUCCAAAAAGGAGGAAAGACUAAAGAAGGAGCUGAGAGUGAAGUUAGAGAUGGCCAAAUUCUUGCAGGACACAAUCGAGGAGAUCGCUCUAAGAAACAAGGCAGCCAAAGGCAACGUGACCGAGGAGUUCUCCACUUUCUUUCAGAAGAUCCGUGACUCAGGAGAGAUACCCAGUAAUGAGCAGAUCAUACGUUUCUCUAAGCUGUUUGAGGAUGAACUGACCUUAGAUAACCUGACACGGCCGCAGCUGGUGGCUCUGUGCAAGCUCCUGGAGCUGCAGUCCAUCGGCACCAACAAUUUCUUGCGCUUUCAGCUCAUCAUGAAACUCAGAGCCAUCCGUGCAGAUGACAAGCUGAUAGCAGAGGAAGGAGUGGACAGUCUGAAUGUGAAUGAGCUGCAGGCAGCAUGUCGUGUGAGAGGGAUGAGAGCACUCGGUGUGACGGAGGACCGACUCAGAGAGCAGCUUAAACAGUGGUUGGAGCUUCAUCUCAAUCAGCACAUCCCCACAUCCCUGCUGCUGCUGUCCCGAGCUAUGUUCCUGCCAGACACGCUGUCUCCUGCCGACCAGCUUAAAACCACCCUACAGAACCUGCCAGAGAUUGUGACUAAAGAGGCGCAGGUGAAGGUGGCAGAGCUGGACUUCUCUAAAGUGGAUAACAAAACCAAGUUGGAGGCCACGCUUCAGGAAGAGGCAGCUAUCCGGAUGGAAAACAGAGAGCGGGAGCUGGAGAGAUUGGCUGAUGCUGCGGAGAAAGAAAAGGAGCAGGCAGCGCGGGAGGCUGAGGCGGUGGAGCUGGAAGCAGAACGACGGGGGGAUGCAGAGCAUGCUCUCUCCAGUGUAGAUGUGGCCAUCCAUUCAGAAACACUACGAGAUACUGCACCGGUGCUGGAGGGUAUUAAAGGGGAGGAGAUCACCAAGGAGGAGAUUGACAUGCUGAGUGACGCCUGCACCAAACUGAAGGAGCAGAAGAAUCUACUCACCAAAGAAAAAGAGGAGCUGGAGGACCUGAAAGAUGACGUGCAGGAGUACAGCGAGGACCUGGAGGAGAUCAAGCGAGAGCUGUCCAAAACAGGACAGGAGAAAGUGGUGGAGGAGUCCAAAGCAAGCCAGCGCCUGUCGAAGCGGGUCAACCACAUGAUUAGCAGAAUGGAUAAGAUCAUGACUGAGCUGGAGAAGGACAAGAUAGUGCUAGACGGACAGAUGGGCGGCGGGACCACACCACCAAUCGGAUUGUUCUUUGAGAAACAUAGUGACUUGCCAAGUCUGUUCCUGUCCUACAGGGAGAAUCUGAUAAGCAUCAACGAGCUCAUUGCGGUCAUGAAGCAGAUCCAGAACAUCCCCGAACACAAGCUGCUCAGCAUCGCAGACGCACUCGACGAAAACAAAGAUGGCAAGAUAGACAUCGAUGAUGUCUUAAAGGUGGUAGAGCUGAUCGAUAAGGAGGACAUCGAUAUCUCCACCAACCAGGUGGCCGAGAUCAUGGUGAUGUUGCAGAAGGAGGAGAAGCUGGUGGAGAAAGAGAAAGCCAAGGAGAAGGUCGAGAAGGAGCAGGCAGCUAAAAUCCAAAACUAGACUUUCCGUGUAGGGAAUGGAAAACGUCCUGAAGCUUUUGAAGUUUUUCGGGGUUCAUUAAUAUGUGUUAAGAAGCUUCAGAGCGAGACUGAAAACAGUGCUGACCUCCCAUAUGGAUUUGUGUGUGUGUCUAUAUAUAGAACAAAGAAAGAACAAAGAACAAACUUUGCUUUGUUCAAGGAAAACUGUUGUGUAAUGAAUAAAUUAAGACAUUUAUUUAUUAAUAAUAUUACAAAAUGAAUGCACUACGGAGCCCUAUACAUGACGUACAGAAAAAAAUAGAAGUCAUGGCCACAAAUUUAAAAUUUGUUCUCUUGUUUAAGGUAAACAAUCCCCACAGUUUAACUCAAUUUAAGGGGGCGGACUAAGUAGUGCAGAGGAAGUAGUCAUGGGAAGGAAUUCUUAAUUCAUGGCCAUCAUAUCUUUUGUUAGUCAUGUGUGAGACAACUAAAAAUCUGAGAUAAGUUUUGAAAGAAAAUUUGUUCACAAAAAGACCCUCUUAAAGGUAAAGCGUGUCAUUUCUGGCACAAAACGAACUUUUGAGCGACCUAACAUGGCUUUGGGGAGGAACUGUCUUUGUGUCAGAAAUUGCACGCUUCGGCCGAAAGAUGCAAAAAUGUAUUAAGCUUAUUAUUCUCAUAAUCGUACGCCCUGGCAGUGAUGUAAUUUCCUGUGAUCUGAGGACAUCUCCUCUCUUUGCACGUCACAUCUCCUGUCACCAUCAUUCCACUACUUAUCCACUUUUAUUCUGUUGUGGUUUUAUUUAUUUUUAGUUCACAAUCUUCUUGAGAGUCUUGAAUGUCACUCGGAAGAUGCUAUAUGUUUAUUCAAUAACCAAAGAAGCUUUGUUGCAGGUGUUAUGCUCCAUUUAUUCUUCUACAUACACAUUCUAGCCACCGAGCACUGCGACUUUGUAUCACAGCAAAAGUCUGAAGUAGUAUUGAAACGCAUCCCUUCAGCGCUUGAGCUUUAUUCGGGGCUGAAGCUUUUGCAUGGACUUGAAGAUUAAUUUAUUUCGCUUUAUUUAGAUUUCAGCAUCACUUUUACACUGUGGCCUUCAGAAAUCAAAAUCCCUUGUCCAAAGGAAACUUAAGGGAUUAACUCAUACGUAACAGUUCAUCGUCGCUAGUGCUUGCAUUGUAUAACUAGCAGUAAAUAUACACGUCUCUGUUAGCUAGCUUGAGUUAAUGAUAGAUGAAGUGUGUUUGCGUGUGCUGGGAACCUGAAAGGGAAAAGAUGAAGGUCGGCGCAGACAGAAUCAGGGUACGGCUCAGCCUACAGUCUUCGUGACCUGGAUCGUCCCUCUCUCCUUACAUGGAGAGUGCCAGCAGUUGUUCUCGUAGCAGAGCACUUACAGUAACUGGAAUGUGUCGAUCGGCAUGAGACUCGCACGCUCGCUGGAGUCUGGUAGCAUAGUUUGACAGGGCACAUAAAGCAGGGAAUACUUCAGCUUAACCCUAAACAUGUCGUAGUGAGGGACCAGCAUGUCUAACCUCAAAACACUGUUUCUGUGCUGCGUCUCAGACAGAGAGUCUGGGUGCCUAUUUCACAUUGUGUCCCUUAAAAGGAUAGUUCACCCAGAAAUUCAUUAUUUGUUUACCCUCAUGCCGUAACCUAUAUGAUUUUUAUUUUUUGUAGAAGACAGAAUAAGAUGUUUAGCAGAAUGUUCAUACUGCUCUUUUUCAUUCAAGAGAAAUCCAAUCAUUAAUGUUUAUAACCACGUGAGGGUGAGUAAAUUGUCGGUAACUUACCUAGGGGCCCCCGGAAUACAGCAACGGCGUUUUAGGCCUUAAAAUAUUUUCAUGAAUUAGUAUUAACAUACUGUAUGAUAGGGAAAAAGUCCAUGGUUGUGUUUUUAGAGCAAGUAUUUUAUGCCGAUGUGUAAUUGCACUAUAAUUAUUGAGAGCUUUAUUUUUUUUCCCCAUUUUUGGAGUGUUGUUCUGGACUCAGGAAGAUGCAUGUUCGUCUGUGUUUGCACACCGAGAGAUAUUUUGAGGAAACGUACACUUGAAAUUUUUUUUUUUUAAAAGUGGUAGAGGUAAAAAAGUGUGUAUAUUUUGGAAAGGUAUAAAGUUACCUUGAUAAUUGUUUUGUUUUGCAAUUUUAAAUAGUUUCAUUUAUAAAAAUGGUGCACGUGCACAUGUACUUGACCACGAAUGGAAGAGAGUAAAUACAUUGAUGUUAUUGCCCUAAUACUAAUUUGCUGCUUGAGCUAAUUUAAAUGAAUUUAAUUUAUUGUGUUUUUCCCUUUUAAGACAUGUACAUUGUGCGUACGUUCAUGUUUUUUUUUUUUUCUUCACCGUCCUGUAUUUUAGAAGGCUCAAAACCUAAAUACUGUUACGCUAGUUAGCUUGCAGACUAAAUAAUGGAUGAAAAUGAGAGUGGUAUGUGCAGAAAAUCUUAUUUAAAAUCAGUAUGAUAUAAAAUAAUAUUUUUAUUGUUCAUACUACCUAUGUAAAUAUGCUAUUUACAUACAAGUGGUUCCAAAGUCAAAUAAAAUUAACCGAUCUUUAAGUUGCAUACUAUCUUUUUCUUUAUUUUUGACUCAAAUCCAUGUGCAUGUUCAUGUUUCAUAUCUUAUUUGUUGUUUUACUCUGUCAUUCAGUUGGUUCAAUGCCUCUUCACCCCCCUGCAUUGUUCACCUGUUACCACUGACAGCGUAGCAUCAGAUCCAACCUAUCUUUUCUGUAGUAAUGAUCAAAAUUAAUUGUUUUCACAUUAAAUUUAAGUGAAGGUUGCAUGAUAUGAAUAUAAGCGUAACCUAAAUUGAAGUGCACAGUGAACACAGUUAAAUAUUUUUAUUAUCGUUAUUAACAAAGAAAAUGUCAAACACUUCUUGAACAGCUUUUUCUCAAGUUCAAAGAUAAUGAAAACAGGACUGUAUGAGGUUUAAAGCACACUUUAACUGAACUAGACUGAGAUUAAAUGGCACAGAAGUUCAGUUAGACUACACUGUGAUGUGUUUUAGUUUUGGAAAGAAAAGAUGUCUAAAGAUUUUGAAAAAUGACUUGCUCUUGAUCUUCCCUUAUAAUACAACAGAACGGUGUACAUGGUUUCAUAACUUGGCUUUUAUGGAUCUGUUUUGAGUUUAAAUGUAAUAUUUAUAAAUGCAAGUCUUGGGCAAAGAUAAAACACUGAGUUUAUUCAUAAUUUUGUACGAGUAAAAAUUUUACUACAUUUGCUGGACCACUUGGUGGUGCUAUAGUCUUAGACAAUAAAAGUAAUCGCUUUAAUGCUAUUCAUUAUAUCAAACUUAGUGUAGUGCAAUGUUAUGUGUAUUCUCGCACCUUAUAUAUGAGUAGGUCAAAAACUCUCUACUCGCUUUUAUAGGACUAGAUCAGAAGCUUUCAGAAAAAAGGUACAAAAGUUGUCAUUGGGGUGGUACCAAUUAAAAAGGUGCCAAUCUGCACAAUUUAGGCACUGAAGGUACACAUUAGCGCUUAAAGUGUACCUAUUAAAGUACUAAUAAGCACCUAUUAGGGGUACAUAAGAAAGGUACCGCUUCAUUGACACCUUUUUUUUUCUUAAAGUGUACUGACAGCAGACUAUCACGUGUGUACUACCGCUGCAGAAGUCAGUCGGCUUAUAAUAAAUGUCUUAAAUUCAAACAGUCGGACACCCAGACUAAAAAAUGACUUGAAAUGAUGCCGUCUACAAUAAUAACCUGUGAGGACUUGAAGUGGGCUGAAUAGCUGGAGGGAGAGUCGCAGUAAAUCAUGCUGCCCUGUAAGUAAAGCCAUGUGGGCCGGUAAGAGGACACUGCUCUGUGUAAGAGGGCUCCUUGUUUGUGCUGACACAGGUUCAACAGCUCUUCUCUGGCCGGCCACUGUGAGAGUUUUUAUUUUAGGUGUGUAUCUUGGCGAAAGAUUACAUAUGAUGUAUAUACUGUGUGUUGUUCGGAGUGACCUUACAGACAUAAGAGAGCAAUCUAAAAACGUUAAAUGGUGCAUGCUUUGUUUAUGUUAACUAAUAGUCAAGGCACUCUCUUUUACUCUGUUUUUUUUUUGUUAUUAAUAGAUGUAUGUGAAAAGACAUGGAGAACUUGACUAAGCUACAGACGAUGCUCAUCGACAACACGCUAUCGCUUUAUUCUCUUAUUCUCAGAAACGAUCUGUCUUUUCCAGUACACAGAUGCUCAUAAAGCACUAGCAGCUUUGUGUCGGUCACAUUUAGCAAAAAAAAAAAAUAAUGCACUGAAUUUGAAGCUGCUGCUUUUAUUUAAAACGAAUGUUUACUAACAGGUAGAAAUCACGUUUUUGAAAAAGGCUUCAAUUCGAUGAAUCUGACCAAUCAGGACAGCUGGGAGGCGGGGCUACCUUAUUCGUUUGCUAUGUCAGAUACAUUCGAUUAGCGGUGUUUACAAAGUUUGGAAAGAUGGCACUUGGUUGAUUUUCUUUUGUUCAUAUAUUUGGACCACAGAAUGUUUGAGAGUAUGAUUGAAGUGUAUACAUCAAUCAGAUGUCAUUACUUAUGCUGUAUCACUGUAGCAGCUGUGUAUUUGCUCAUAUUGCACUGUACUGAAUAGCAGUAGAUCUGUCACAUAUGCACUUUCACUGUCCUGAGAGAUGCCUGUUGAAUGUACUUUGGUGCAAUGUUUUUUUUUUUAGAUGGGGUACAGAUAUGUACCAGAAUUUUGCUAAAAAAAAAAAAAAAAAAAAAAAAAAGCUAAUAAUGCAUUGUCUAUGUGCGCAUACACACAUAUAAUCCUUCCAUUAUUGGAAACCUGCUUACCUCAGAGUAAAAAAAAAAAAAAUUGUGAGAUUGUAUCAGUGUGGCCUAUUUUUCAAAUUGAUCUCAGUUUCCUUUUCUCUUUUUUACUCUGAAGUAGAAACGGCUUCUGUAUUCCAUAGAUUGUUGCAUCCUUUGUUACACGUUUCUAAACAGAUGCAAAAGUGUACAAAAAGACGUGGAUUGUCAACGCAAAAUUCCAGUGUGUGUAAGAUUAGUGUGCACUUUUGUCGACCUGAGAUGGAAUUACACAUCAAAUAAAACAGUUUUGAAAGUU